CCCCUUUAACUCGUCAUUCGCGUCUUUGAGAGAAGACUCCAUUACCCAUGAUGCAUCUCCCCAGCACUGUAGCGGCAGCAGCACGCGCGUCGCGUCGCCGAUAACAUCGCGCGCCAUGGCUGCGUCUCUGUCUCGCGCUCUGAAAUUACCGGGAAAGAAGGGCUCAGAUCUGGGUGAGUAUGACCCGCUGACGCAGGCCGACAGCGAGGAUGAGACGGAGGACGACGAUCUGGUGCUGAAUUAUCCUCGUAACGGGCUGAGCCCGGCCGUGGCCGACCUGAGGGACGAGGAGGAGUUUGACGAGGAGGAGGAGGAGCUGAGAGCGCAGGGGCAGCGGCCUCAUAGAGAGGGGGCGGGGCACGAGGCGGGCUGUGGGCGGGGUCAGGGCGGAGCCGCGGAGGAGAAGGCGGCGCGGGUGCGAGGGGCGGUGCGGACCGCCGCCUUCCUGCUGCCGCUGUCCUGCGCCGCGCUGCUGGUGCUUCUGUGCGCCUUCCUCAUUCCCUGCCCGCAGGGGGCGCCGCAGUGGGAGAGAGAGCUGGGAGACACGGCGGGCGUGACCUCACCUCCUGUUGCAUUGUGGGAUGUGGAUGGGGACGGACUGGAGGACGUGUUGAUCGGUGUCACAAACAUCUCCAACGACAGUCAGCCAAUGAACACGCAGAACAAAGAGUUCAGCGUGUGGGCGCUCAGUGGUGUCGAUGGGCAGCUGCUGUGGAGGAAGUCGCUCAGAGAGACGCUGUUCUCGGUUCAGUGUGGACUGCAGACAGGAAGUUCUGAUCCGCUGCGCUGGAGAGAGACGCCGGAUUCGUCCGCCUGCGUCCUGAUCAGCUCCGGUCACAUGAUCACCGUCAACGCCUCCACAGGACGCACGUUGUGGACGGCGUCUGUAGGAGACGUGGAGUCUCACGCCGUGCUGCUGCCGGACCUGCAGGGAGACGCUUUUCCCGACCUGCUGAUCGCAACGCUGCCGGCGGACCAGGUGUCCGAUCUGGCUCUGGUCCUGAUCUCCGGACGCUCGGGCGCUCUGAUUGGCCGGCCGGUGAACUUCAACCUCACGGCUCAGGGGAAGCUGAUUGGUCCGCUGCUGCACGAGACGCAGACGGGAGCCUAUUACGUGCUGUUCGGACUGGGUACGGUGGAGGCCGUCUCUCUCUCCUACAUCUACAGUCAGGCGACGGGCAGGACGGCGACACCUCGAGUGCGGCUGAAGGAGCCCGGCUGGGAGCGUCUGAGGAAGAGCAACUCGUCUUCACUCAUUCACAUCAGCAGCGGCUCUGAGCAGGUGGAGUUCCUGCUGCCCCUGGUGUCCUGUGGCGUGUGUCAGCAGCACAGUAAUCUGGACGGCAUGUCGGCGCUGAACUCGAGCCGCAGCGACUGGAUCCUGCUGUGUGACGCCAGCAGCCGUCUGUCCGUGCUGAGAGCGAGCGACACGCGCACCGCCUGGAGCCUCAGCCUCACCUCCAUACACACUCGUCCGGCGGCCGGUCACUUUAACGACGACGGCGUUCCCGAUCUGCUCAUUCAUCAGUCGGCCAAUGGCGUGAGGAAGGUGCUGAUCGUGGACGGCGCACGGGGGCGGAGCCUGUGGGAGGCGGAGUUUGUGUGUCCUCGUCUGGCGGUGGAGGAUUCGUCCAUUCUGACGGCGUCCGGCCAAUCGGUGUUCCUGUUCUGGGCGGGAGAUCCGCUGGCGCAGCAGCAGAACGCCAGCAAGGCGGCCGCCGCGGCAGAGCCGGUCCUCCGCAAACUCUUCCUGUUCCACCCGUACUAUCCCACAAUCCUCCUGCAGCUGAGCAGCACCACAGACACCGUCCUCACGGCCACCGUGAGCUACCAGGCGCAGCAGAAGGACGCGUCCUACAUCAGCGUGUCGUCUCGACCCUCGUCCGGCCGCGCCCUCGGCGCUCAGAUGCUCAAGACCCUCAGUCUGAGAGCGGCCAUCGCGGACGCGCAGAUCGUGCGGCUGACGGACGCCGGCAGAGACGACAAACUCAGCGCUUUCCACAUCAACAAGUUCUUCAGACGUCUGGUGUUCAGACAGUGACGUGUCGGGACUCGUCCUCAUUCCUGCUGAUCUCAGAUGAGCGUCUGUCGUCACUCAGGAGCGUCAAAGCUUCACGUGUUCACAGCAGAGCAAACGCACGCCGCUAACGUCACCACACACAGCCGCUCAUGAUCCCGUCUGCUGCUGAUUUACGCUUUUAAAACUCCUCUGCACGUUGAGUUUGCUGUAGAUAUUCCUGACUCUCUGUACAGUAUUUAUAUGUGUGUGUGUGUGUGUGUGUGUGUGUGUGUGUGUGUGUGACUGAACGAUGCUGUAAAUACUGCUGGAUUAAAGCUGAUCAAUAAACACAUUCGACACCAUUAUCAUGUCAAUCACUGGAAUCAUUAGCACUCGUUAAAGGAGAAGUCCACUUCCAGAACAACAAUUCACAGAUAAUGUACUCACCCCCUUGUCAUCCAAGAUGUUCAUGUGUUUCUGUCUUCAGUCGUGAAGAAAUUAUGUUUUUUGAGGAAAACAUUUCAGGAUUUUUCUCCAUAUAAUGAACUUCAUUGGUGCUCAGAUUUUGAACUUCCAAAAUACAGUUUAAAUGCAGCUUCAAAGACUCUAAACGAUCCCAGACGAGGAAGAAGAGUCUUAUCUAGUGAAACGAUCUGUCAUAAUUUUAAAAAAUAUACAUGUGUAUAGUUUUUAAGCACAAGCUGGUGUGCACAGGCUCUGGGAUGCGCGUCCACGACGCUACGUACUAUUGAAUCAGGUUGAACAUCUUAGAUGACAAGAUGUUGUUCUGGACGUGAACUUCUCCUAUAACUGUGCAGAAUCAGCAGUUCCUGAAGGUCUGAGGAUCUGAUGAUGACGGUGUUUACAGUGUGACUUACAUCAUGAUUAAUCUUGAGAGGAGCUUUAUCACCCAAAUUCAGAUGCAGGGUUUGCAUAUGUAUUUCCAUAGUCAAAGCUAAAUGGUCUGACACACAGAGAGGACGACAAAGGAAGAAUUAGGGAGAAUCAAUACAUCAUGAAUGAUCGACUGCCAUUGUGUGAACAUGUGAUCAUGUAAUCCAUUAAAAGCGAGUGUAAUGCGAGUAUUAGCAUUAUAAAAUGUAAUAUACUGUAUGGUAUGGGUGUAACACACGUUUGUGUGUGUGUGUGUGUGUGUGUGUACUUGUUUUUGCUACAUUGUGGGGACCAAAUGUCCCCACAAGGAUAGUAAAACCUGAAAUUUUAUGGUCCCCACAAUGUAAAAAAAUGAUUAAAAAUAGUAAAUGAUGUUUAUCUGAAAGUGUAACGAUGCAGGGGUAGGUUUAGGGUUAGGGUUGGGUUAGGGGAUACACAAUAUCGUUUGGUCAGUAUAAAAACUAUAGAAGUCUAUGGAAAGUCCCCACAAUUCACACACACACACACACACACACGGCCUGUAGUUUUCAAACACACCUGAAGGACUUGAUCAUCUGGAUCAGGUGUUUCAUAAGGGUUGAAUGUGAACAGCCCUGAUCUGCAGGUGCCUGAUCUGUGAAUCUGAUGAUGUAAUGCAGAUCAGCUGUAAUCUGUUUCUGUCCUGAUCUGAAUGUAGACGCUUCAAGUUACAGUUCACUAGAAAUCAUCUUUUAUUCGCUCAAACUGUGUGACUUUCUUUUAUUUGCUAUGAGAAAUGUCUCUGUUUUUCUGGCUCAUUAUUAAACAGGCUGUCUGCAGCGUUUUAAGUCUU